AGCCAAGUAAUAUACAAUAGCAAAUAGACGGCCAUCAUUCAAUGCGGAUAUGCUUCUAGUGUUGAGCUGAACAUUCUUUUUUGUUUUAUUGAAACAAGACCAAGGCCUUCACAGCUCCCAUUUCAGUGUCCGAAGACGAGCGCGGCGGUGCAGGAGAAAUGGGUCAGGGUCUUGAAAAGCCCAUCGAACGGGAGCGAAUUAUCCUUUUAGGUAGUUAUGCGGGCGGCAAGACUUCCAUCCUCCAUUGGUUGAUGCAUGGAGAAUUUAAAGAGCAGUUGGAACUAGGCCCGUGGGUUGACCAGGACGAGGAGGUGACUUACAAGGGGAUGAGUGUGUUUCACCCUGGAGUAGAUGCAGGGGGUCGAAGCCUCACGCGGCCUUUCCUCCCUCAAUACUUCCGCUCCGCCUUGGCAAUGGUAUACGUGAUCGACGCUAGUCGUGACGGGCUGGACAUGGACUACACGCAGUAUGAACUGAGCGAGGCUCGUAAAGAACCCACCCUGAAUGAUGCCGUUAUAGUCGCCAUAGCCAACAAGCUGGACAUCCCUGGAGCAAAGACCAUGGAGGAGAUCGAGGAACUCAUCAAUGCAGGCGAAGAGAGGAAGAUCAAGAUUUUCCCAGCGGCUGCCUGCAAAGGCGAAGGUGUCAACGAGUGUUUUGAUUGGCUGAUAGACGAGAUCACCAAGCAGCACCUUACCAAACCCGUGACCGAGCCCUGGGCAGAUGUGGCAAAGGAUGUGACAAAAGAUGGGAAGGCGGGAUUGAACAAAGCGAAGGGAACCUGGAAGAAACUGGUCGCCCGGUUUUGCCGUCCAAGCUCGAGAACUAAUUGAACCAAACCCGUAUAAGACAGUCUGCGAUGGUCAUUGCAAAUUAUAUUGACUGGCGUUGCAUGAAGUUCUGUGAUAAAAUGCAAUGGUGAUACAAAACAACCUUCUUCCCUGAUUGUAGCUUCGGCCGGGAACAUCGGACUACAUGACUGGUGUCAAAGAAAUGACAUUGGCAUGGCCGUCAGAAUCGCCAGAAGAACUGCAGCCGUAUAGUUAAUGGGCGGCCCGCUGGAAACAUUGAUAUCAGAACCAUGCGCGCGAUGCGACCAAGUAUCAAUUAUCAACAUAGCAUUAGUCGCGGAGUAAUACUAUGAACAAAUCACGAACUUAAUGGAAAUCUAAGAUCUGCUUUCUUUGUUUGAUACACGUAUAGGCCUAUAGAAAAUAACAAUAAAUA